AUGCAACAACCGAUCGCACUGCAGGAGGGUGUGCACGGCGAGGUGGUGGCCAUCCUCGACGCUGGAUCGCAGUACGGCAAGCUCAUCGAUCGACGCCUGCGCGAGCUCAACAUCGCCACGGUGCUGCUGCCGCUCGACACCCCGGUCGAAAGAUUGGCGCACUUCAAGGCCAUCGUAAUCUCCGGUGGCCCCGACAGCGUCUACUCGCCCACCGCUCCGGCCUACGAUCCUCGCCUGUUUGUCUACGAGUUUGAUGAUUCUUCGUCUUACAGACCUCCGAUUUUGGGCAUCUGCUACGGCAUGCAGCUGAUGAACCACAUCUUCAAGGGCAAGGUGGAAAAGAAGGAGGCGCGCGAGGACGGCCAGUUCACCAUCGAGAUCGACACCACCUCGCCGCUUUUCGCCGGCCUGCAGGCCGAGGAGAAGGUGCUGCUCACCCACGGCGACUCGCUGGACGAGGCCGGCGUGGCGCCCGGGUUCCAGGUCAUCGCCCGCUCCGGCGGCAUCGUGGCCGGCAUCCAGUCCGUCGAGCGCAAGCUCUACGGCCUCCAGUUCCACCCCGAAGUGGACCUGACCGAGAACGGGCGGCGCAUACUGGAGAACUUUGUGGUGGGCAUCGCCGGCGUGGCGCAGAGCUUCACGGUGGAGGACCGCCAGCAGAAGGCCAUCGCCGAGAUCCGACAGGCCGCGGGCGACGACAAGCACGUGCUGGCGCUGGUGAGCGGCGGCGUGGACUCGUCCGUGCUCGUGGCGCUGCUCCACCGCGCCCUGCCGGCCGACCGCAUCACCGCCCUCCACGUGGACCACGGCUUCAUGCGCAAGAACGAGAGCACGGGCGUGGUCGAAGCGCUCAAGGCGAUCAACGUCGAUCUGAAGGUCGUCAACGCCGCCGAGACCUUCGCCGCAGCCACCCAGCCGCCGCCCAAGGGCACCGGCAAGCGCCUCGACAGCUCCGUGAACCCGGAGGAGAAGCGACAGAUCAUUGGCGACACGUUCAUGACGGUGGCCGACGAGGCGGUGGCCGGGCUCAACCUGCCGGUGGACAAGGUGAUCCUCGCCCAGGGCACGCUGCGGCCGGACCUCAUCGAGAGCGCCUCCGGCAUGGUGUCGGGCAAGGCCGCCGUGAUCAAGACCCACCACAACGACACCCACCUCGUCCGCCGUCUGCGCGAUCAGGGCCGAGUCGUCGAGCCGCUCAAGGACUACCACAAGGACGAGGUCCGCGUGCUGGGCACCCUGCUGGGCCUCCCCGAGUCCUUGGUCUGGCGCCAGCCUUUCCCCGGACCCGGCCUCGCCGUGCGCAUCCUCUGCACCGAGAAGCCCUACAUCGGAACCGAUGAGGAGUGGAAUAAGGCGAAGAGCAUGCUCCAGGCCAUCCUCGAGUUCGACAAACUUCCGUCGGACAGCAGCGUGCAGGGGAUGAUCACCCGCGCCCUCCCGAGGCAGGCCAAGGACGCCGAGCGACUGCGCGACAUUGCGGCCCGCGGCGACAUCAAGGGCAUGGUGCUUCCCAUCCAAUCGGUGGGCGUGCAAGGCGAUGGACGCUCCUACUCGCAUCCGGUCGCCCUUUUCCACGAAGGUGGUUCGGGUGACAAGAAGGGCAACGACCAGAAGAGCAUUCCCUGGGGAGACCUCGCGUUCCUCGCCGCCAUCAUUCCCCGCUACGUGCAUGGCGUCAACCGCGUGGUGCUCAUGUUUGGCGCGAAGCCGUCGUCAGAGGAGCCCGUGAUCACGCCCACCCACCUUACGCCCGACGUGCUGGACCAACUGCGCGAGGCUGACGCCGUGGUGAACGAAGAGCUCGCCAACCACGACCUCAUGCGCAAGAUCAGCCAAGUGCCUGUGGUUCUAAUCCCGCUGCCCAUGGAUGAGCCUGUGGGUCAUCGGUCGAUCGUAAUCCGCACUCUGAUCACGAACGACUUCAUGACCGGACAUGUGGCCCAGCCGGGCGUGGACAUUCCUGAAGCCGUUGUGGAGCUGAUGGCGAAGCGCCUGCUUCUCGUCCCGGGCGUAGCACGUGUGGCCUACGACCUCACGCCCAAGCCGCCCGCCACUACCGAGUGGGAGUGA